AUGGACCUCAAUCCGGCCAAAUGCUAUUCAAUUCAUUUUUCCAGAAGAAAAACUAGAUCUCACUACAACUACACUAUAAACCAUAGCAUCAUAAAAGAGGUCGAUAGUAUUAGGGAUCUCGGCGUAGAAGUUGACCGAGAAUUAAGAUUUCACGUCCAUAUUGAGAAGAUCUGCUCGAAGGCUUUCAAGUCCCUCGGCUUUGUUUUGCGGAACAGCAGGGACUUUACUAGACCGGAAACAAAAAUAUUACUAUACAACUCUUACGUUCGUAGCACUCUGGAGUACUGCAGUGUCACUUGGAACCCUUUUUACGACGUGUACAAAAAGAAGUUAGAGAGGGUCCAGAAGCGUUUUCUGUGGCACCUUGCUUUCUCCUGCAAUGUUGCUAAAACCAUUCAGAGCUACCCGGCUAGGUUAAAGUAUUUCCACAUGAGCUCUCUUUCGGAGCGGAGACGCACUCUCGAUCUAUUGUUCCUGCAUAAACUUGUUAACGAAGAAUACGAUGCCCCUGAUCUCUUAUCUCUUCUGAACUUUAACGUGCCGCUGACGUCGACAAGGGCCUCGAAGUUGAUGGUGUUCAGGGUUCCCAGAUUCUACACCAACCUAGCGAGCGCAUCUGCUUCCAGGUCCAACGGAGGCGUACCAGCGAGCACGCACGCUGCCUCGAACGAGACGCUGCAGUACCCGCAAGAUGCCCUGUCACAUUUUCAAGUAUUGAACAGAAGGCUGGACCGUCGCCGGACCCCGGACGCCGACGCUCUCGACUCCAAUAUGUUCAUUGGCAUCACAUCAAGUGGAGACAACGUCAACUCCCACUACGACUACCUGAUUUGA